AUGACGUUUUCUGCCAGCCAAACCAUACGCGGGCACGAGGAUGCGGUUGUUUGUUGUUGCUUCUCUCCAGACGGGAAGAGGAUUCUUACUGGUUCAUGCGACAAGACUUUGAAGUUGUGGCUCGCGACCGACGGAACGCUGCUGCAGACCUUGAGUGGGCACGAGGGUUGGGUUGUUUGUUGUUGCUUCUCUCCAGACGGGAAGAGGAUUCUUACUGGUUCAUGCGGCAAGAUGAAGUUGUGGCUCGCGACCGACGGAACGCUGCUGCAGACCUUGAGUGGGCACGAGCAUGCGGUUUCUCGUUGUUGCUUCUCUCCAGACGGGAAGAGGAUUCUUUCUGGUUCAGCCGACAAGACUUUGAAGUUGUGGCUCGCGACCGACGGAACGCUGCUGCAGACCUUGAAUGGGCACGAGGAUUCGGUUGUUUGUUGUUGCUUCUCUCCAGACGGGAAGAGGAUUCUUACUGGUUCAUGCGACAAGACUUUGAAGUUGUGGCUCGCGACCGACGGAACGCUGCUGCAGACCUUGAGUGGGCACGAGGGUUGGGUUUCUUGUUGUUGCUUCUCUCCAGACGGGAAGAGGAUUCUUUCUGGUUCAUACGACAAGACUUUGAAGUUGUGGCUCGCGACCGACGGAACGCUGCUGCAGACCUUGAGUGGGCACGAGCAUGCGUUUUAUUGUUGUUGCUUCUCUCCAGACGGGAAGAGGAUUCUUUCUGGUUCAGCCGACAAGACUUUGAAGUUGUGGCUCGCGACCGACGGAACGCUGCUGCAGACCUUGAAUGGGCACGAGGAUUCGGUUGUUUGUUGUUGCUUCUCUCCAGACGGGAAGAGGAUUCUUACUGGUUCAUUGGGCACGAGGGUUGGGUUUCUUGUUGUUGCUUCUCUCCAGACGGGAAGAGGAUUCUUUCUGGUUCAGCCGACAAGACUUUGA